CUCGUUGUCAGCCUGACUCUUUGCUUCAGGUGACCAACGGCUCUUGAACCACAUUUUAAUCUUUUUCAUCAUUUUACCCUGAACGUGAUGGCCACAAGGAAGAGAGAUUCAACGGCUCGGCUCCGCAAACGGCAGUCGGCUCCCGGUCUGCAUCGUGCCUUUGUACAGGGAGGACCCUCUUCGCGUACUGGUUUUUCGUCUAUCGCCCUUAAGGCAUUGAUUGCGAUUGUCGUUGCUCUUAGCUCAUUACUUCUCUGGCUGAGAGGCCAGUAUGUUGGGCUGAGUCGUCCAGUAACGACAGCUGAAGACUGGGGAACCCGAAGACAAGAGGUUAAAGAGACCUUUGUCUCCAGCUGGGAUGCCUACGCUCAGCACGCCUGGGGCCAAGACCGCUUCCACCCCAUCUCGAAACGCGGCUCCCAAAUGAGUCCCAACGGCCUAGGCUGGAUCAUCGUCGACAGCCUCGACACGCUAAUGAUCAUGAACCUGACAUCUCGCCUGGCAUCUGCACGCCUCUGGGUGCACCGGAAGCUGGACUAUAACCAGGACCAAGAUGUCAAUACCUUUGAAACGACCAUCCGCAUGCUGGGUGGCUUGCUGUCCGCGCAUUAUCUCGCUACGCAGCUAGCCGGCGCGUCAUCACGCAGGGACUACGUCUACUUGUCUAAGGCUACUGACCUGGCCGACCGGCUCCUCGGCGCGUAUAAUUCCGCCUCUGGAAUUCCGUAUGCGAGCAUUAACCUGCGGAUGGGUGAAGGGAUCCGCUCGCAUAUGGAUGGGGGAUCGUCUUCCACUGCUGAGGCUACUACGUUGCAGAUGGAGAUGAAGUACUUGGCACAGCUCACCGGGAAAGAAGUCUAUUGGCGGAAAGCCGAGAAGGUUAUGAAAGUCAUUGACGACAUUGGCGUGCAGGAUGGACUUGUCCCGAUCUUUGUGUCCGCGGACAUUGGCCGUUUCACGUCGCGGGAGAUUCGUCUUGGAAGCCGUGGCGAUUCGUACUAUGAGUACCUCAUCAAGCAGUAUCUGCAGACUCACGAGCCUGUAUAUCUCAAGAUGUGGGAAGAGUCGUUGGCUGGAAUCCGCAAACACCUGAUCAUCCCAACGCGGGAAUCCAAACUCAACAUCGUUGCCGAGCUACCUAACGGUGUUGGAAGUAAGCUGUCCCCAAAAAUGGACCAUCUCGUUUGCUUCCUGCCCGGAUCCAUAGCCCUUGGAGCAACAGGUGGCCACACCGAAGCCGAAGCGCGAAAGACCCCCGACUGGAAUGCCGAAAAGAGCGAGCAGAUGGACCUGGCAAGAGAGCUCAUGAAGACAUGCUGGGGCAUGUACAAAAUUACUGAAACUGGACUCGCGCCCGAGAUCGCUUGGUUCAACGUGAAUGAGGAUGUUCUGCAGCCACGAACAAGUCCUUUGCCACUGGCGCGCAGCAAGGAUAACGUCAACGACUGGAAGAAGGACUUCGUCGUCAAGCCGCUUGACGCACAUAAUCUGCAGCGACCAGAAACCGUGGAAAGCCUGUUUUUGAUGUGGCGUAUUACGAAGGAUCCGAUCUAUCGCGAGUGGGGCUGGGAGAUCUUCGAGGCGUUUAAGAAGUAUACCGUCCUGGAAGGUGGAGAAGGCUACACGUCUCUGGACAACGUAAAUGCGAUCCCACCCACUCGUCGAGACAAUAUGGAGAGUUUCUGGCUGGCCGAGACGCUCAAAUAUCUGUAUCUCUUGUUUUCGCCAGAUGACUUACUUCCUCUUUCGGAAAACGUGUUCAAUACCGAAGCCCACGUCUUUCCUGUUAUGAACCGAACAAAAUUCAAGACGGGUUGGCAGCGGAAGGGUUAGACCUGUUCAGCGAUUAGCAGGUGAAGAAAGUAUAAUUAUCGGAGGUUUUGACAAACCUAGUUGGUGAUCCGAAAUGUAGUCGUACAAACGGGACGCUUCAGUAGAUUAUCCAACAGCUUUGUACCGCAAUCCGCCGGCUAAAUACUGCGACGAAACGCUGAUGUUACAUUCCAGGAGAGAAAAAGCGCACCCAGCGGUCAUUUUAGUGCCUGCACCCCCAUACCAACCUAACUUGAUUUGGAAUCCCCUGGCCACGCGCGCAGACUUCCUUUUUCACCAUAUCUAUCAACCACUUGUAUAUAAACUCUUUUCCCAUUACUUACCUUACACCCCCAUCAGUACGAUGAAGCUCACCAUAGUCCUCAUUGCCAGCAUCGGCGGCGCCGCCGCGCAAGUCGGGAGCUUCUUCUCAUCCUGG